UUGUUCAGAUGGAAAGGAAGCGUUUACAAAGCCAUUUGGUUUGAGUUCAUCGUAUUUUCUCUCCUUUAUACAACCAUAUCCCUCAUAUAUCGGCUUGCCCUUGACAUGAAUGCCAGAGAGAAAUUUGAGCAUCUUUGCCUUCGCUGUGAUCACGUUUGUGAGCUUUUACCCGUAGUUUUCGUUCUGGGUUUCUAUGUUAAUACAAUUGUAAAACGGUGGUGGGAACAAUUUUGUGAGAUACCUUGGCCAGAUACCUUAACUUUACUCAUCAAUGCAUAUGCACAAUCAACUACUGAACGAGCUCGAAUGCAAAGACGAACCUUUAUUCGUUAUAUAAAUCUCUCAUUCUGCCUGACAACUCGCGAUGUCUCGUCACGUGCAAGAAUGCGGUUUCCCACUUUGGGACACCUUAUUUCCGCUGGCCUCAUAACUCCAGAUGAACUUCGCCUAUACGAGGAGAGUGCCACCGAUAACAUGCCUCCCAUUAACUUUCUACCACUCUGCUGGGCUCAGGAGCUCGUAACGGAGAUGUAUAAGGAGAAGAACAUUGUCUUUGAUCGCGCUGUGGAAUUACUGACAGCUGAACUUGGGGCCUAUCGAGACAAACUCUACAAACUCGUGAUUUAUGAUUGGAUCAACGUGCCACUUGUAUAUACACAGGUCACUAAGAUAUAUAUAUUUAUUUAUUUCAAAUGGCAGGCGUUUUGA